CGCCGUUUAACUAAGGGUUCUACUUUCAAUUUUGUGGCUGACACGCACGCGAUUAAGUGAUUAAAAUGCUUCAACCCAUUCUUAACUCGCUUAACAGCAAGAAAAUAGUGCUGGCUAGCACUUCUCCCAGGCGUAAAGUUAUGCUGCAACAAAUUGGUUUGAAGUUUGACAUAAUCCCAUCAAAUUUUGAGGAAAAUUUAAGGAAAGACAGCUUUAAAACACCAUUAGAUUAUGUGGCAGAGACGGCAAAACAGAAGACAUUAGAAGUCACAGAAAGGUUGUACAGUGGUCAGGUUGCACCACCUGAUCUGAUAAUUGGAGCAGAUACUAUAGUGACCUAUAACAAUGAGAUAUUUGAGAAACCAUCCAGUAGGGACCAUGCUAUAGAUAUAUUGUCCAGGUUAAGUGGUAACAGUCAUAAUGUAUUCACCUCAGUUGUGUUAGUCACUCCAAAGACAGAUUCAACUUCUUCAAAGUAUAACCUGACACAGUUUCAUACCUGUACAGAAGUAAUGAUGGGAGAUCUUACACCUCAAAUCAUACAGGCAUAUGUGGAUACGGGAGAACCUAUGGAUAAAGCUGGAGGUUAUGGGAUACAAGCAUUAGGAAGUACAUUGAUCAGUGGAAUAAAGGGAGACUACUUUAAUGUCAUGGGAUUUCCUCUUCAUCCUUUUGCUAAAGAACUGUUAAAAUUGUUUCCAGGAUCUUGAUACAUGUGAUAAAAACAUAUUGGAUUUCAUUUCAUUUUUGUCAUCUUAUUUUGUAUAUAAGCAUAAUAAACAGAAAUUGAUAAAAUUA